GAGGCGCCGGGACGGGGUGGCCGCGAUGCUGGAGAACGGCUCCCUGAGGAACUGCUGUGACCCGGGCGGGCGCGGCCGCCUCGGCUUGGCGGAACGGGAGGCGGCGGCGGCGGGAGCUCCGCGGCCCGCCUGGGUGGUGCCGGUGCUGUCCAGCGUGCUGAUCUUCACCACCGUGGUGGACAUCCUGGGCAACCUGCUGGUCAUCCUCUCCGUCUUCAAGAACCGCAAGCUUCGGAACUCAGGUAACGCAUUUGUGGUGAGCCUAGCUUUGGCUGAUCUGGUGGUGGCCUUGUAUCCAUACCCACUGGUGCUCUUAGCUAUUUUCCGCAAUGGAUGGACACUGGGUGAAACACACUGUAAAGCGAGUGGCUUUGUGAUGGGACUAAGUGUUAUAGGCUCUAUUUUCAACAUCACUGCAAUUGCAAUAAACAGAUAUUGCUACAUAUGUCAUAGUUUUGCCUAUGACAAAGUGUACAGCUGUUGGAAUACAAUGUUGUACGUCUCCUUAGUCUGGAUAUUAACAGUAAUUGCAACUGUGCCAAAUUUUUUUGUUGGCUCUUUGAAGUAUGAUCCACGCAUCUAUUCCUGCACGUUUGUCCAAACUGCAAGCUCCUACUAUACAAUAGCUGUUGUGGUCAUUCACUUCAUCGUCCCUAUCACCAUUGUCAGCUUCUGCUACCUUCGAAUUUGGGUUUUAGUGCUUCAAGUUCGAAGACGAGUCAAGUCAGAAACAAAGCCAAGAUUGAAGCCAAGUGACUUCAGAAACUUUCUUACCAUGUUUGUUGUUUUUGUGAUUUUUGCCUUUUGCUGGGCACCUCUAAACUUCAUUGGACUGGCUGUAGCCAUUGAUCCUACGGAAAUGGCACCAAAAGUUCCUGAAUGGCUAUUCAUUAUAAGUUACUUAAUGGCCUAUUUCAACAGCUGCCUUAAUGCAAUAAUAUAUGGUCUUCUUAAUCAGAAUUUUCGGAAUGAAUAUAAACGAAUUUUAAUGUCACUGUGGAUGCCAAGGCUUUUCUUCCAGGACACAUCCAAAGGAGGAACUGAUGGCCAGAAGAGCAAGCCUUCUCCUGCUUUAAACAACAAUAACCAAAUGAAAACUGAAACCUUGUAAAUGUGUAAUAGUCAAUGCAAGAGUUUGUCAUGGAGAAAACCAACAUCACAGUUGUAAUGUUCUGGUCAUUCCUGCUUAAUUCUGGGGAGUUUCCAAGUGGAUCACACUUUAUGACUGGAAUACUGUUUUCAUAGUAAAGCA